UCUGCUUUAAAUCUAGAGAGAGAAAGAGAGUCUGUUCCCAAAUGGCUUGGCGUAGUUCGCUUUCGAGAUCACUGGCCUCCGUCGUUAGGUCUUCAACUUUCCGCUCAGCGCCGCCUCUUCCCCGUCUCCGUCCGCCACCUCUAUCCGCCCCUCGCCGCCUCUCCUUCUCCAAUCCCAGGACGUUGGGAGAACUAGGAUGCGCUCAAUCGCUGCUGCCGCUGCACAGCGUGGUCGCCGGAGCCCGCCUCACCUCUCACCUUGCCGUCAACGCGCGGGCUUGUUGCGAGCUGUCUCACGGUCUUGAUGUUGGUUCGUGAUUUAUCUAUAUUUUUAUGACAUCUUGAUUGGGUACUUGAACACAUUGUUGGAUCAGCACAAGGAGUGCUACAUCGGGCGCUUUCAUACUUUCUGUUAUCAUAUGGAGUUUUCGGUUCUGUACAAAGUGCAAUUGAUUUAUAUGUCGUCGACUGAUAGUAGUUUGCUAUGUACCAUUCAUAUAUCUUCAACAAAUGCUGGGUUGCUUGGGUCGUCUUCAUGCUUGGGGUGAGAGCAAGAAUCAAAAUUUCGUUUCAAAACGGUCGAAAUAUGUGAAACGUUUUCGUUUGUAAGGUGACCGAAACAAAUCAUUGAUGGAAUCGAAAUUUUAAUAGUUCAAGGUGUUUCAUAAUGUUUUAAGGUGUUUUGUAAUGU